AUGAGGGCGGCGGCGCCGGGCCCGAGCACUGCCGCUGCCCCGCGCCGCGACCCCGGCCCCGCCGCCGCCGCCCCCACCGCCUCCCGCGGGGCCCGGGGCCGGGCACGGGGCGGCCGCCGCGCCCGCCCGUCCUUCGUGGACGAGUCGCUGUUCGGCAGCCCCGCGGGCGCCCGCCCGGCCCCGGCCGCCUUCCCGCCGCCCUGGGCCCCGGCGGCGGCUCCGCUCGACCCCCGGCCGAGGAGCGGGUGCAGGCCCAGGGCUCACACUCCCUCCUUCUGCGACGAGACCCUCUUCGGUGCCAAACCCGAGGGCCCGGCCCGGGCAGCUCCUCGCGUGCGGAAUGAGGACGUCGCCAAGCUCCAUGCGCUGCUCUGGAGCCCCCCGCCCGCCCCCCGGCCCGGCCUGACCCCUCGCUCCAGGGACACCCCUUUGAGAGCCGUCUCCUCGGCGGCCCCCGGCCCUGAGGGCAACCCCCGCGUCUCGGAGCGUCCCGAGAGCGAUUCCUGCUCCGGGGGCCGUGGUGCUCCAGGCAGAGGACGUUCCCAGUCUCUCCUCCGGCUGAACACCCCCUCGGGCAGGCUCCAUCGGGCUUUGGACAACCCCAAGAGAGGAAGGAGUGAAAAGCAGAGCCCUGUGACAGCCCCCACCACCCCCCGCGGGCCCCUGGUCAGGGGGCGAUCCAAAAGUGUGUGCAGACCUUUGUCUGGGAGCCCUGUGGCAGCGGGUGGCUGCACACCCAGACCUCCCUGGAAGUGAAGCCAAACGUCCCUCUGGACCCAACUUGGACUGGGUCUGAGCUGCUGGGGAGCGAGUCCCGAGGACCCUGGGACCUCCUGUGGCUGCAGACAAUGGAGGGGGAUGCUGAGGGGCUGCUGCUCCCUGUGAGAGAACAAGCCAGGAGCCAGGGGCAACCACAGCCCUGGAGUGGGACAGCCCCAGCGACAGCAGCUGCUCCCAGUGCCUGCCCAGUCCUCCGAGGAGCUGUGGUACUGGGGGGUUGCUCUGAGGCUCCCAAAACCAUUCCCCUCCAGGCUGGAUGAGCCCAGUUCCCUCAGCUCUGUUCUGACCCAUCUCAGUGGCUCUCUGCUGCUCUUGCUCUGUGUCACCAACACUUCAAUGGCAAGAAAGGAACUGGGAGGAUGAGCAGAGAGGUGAGGAGCAGCUGGUGAGCUCAGGGAAUGCAGGGGAGUGGCUGGGAAUUGGGUAGCUCCAUCCCAUGCAAAUGUUCUCUCAGAUUCACCCAAGGGCACACACUGAGCCUGGUUAAGGGCAUGAUUCUGCCUCCAGAAAUGAUUUUAUUGUCACCUUGUGCAGCAGCACAACUGGGCCUUGACACACACAAGCACGUGGAGGGCAGGAGGGACACUCCUGGUCCAGUCCUGUUGGCCAGAAAGGCAACAGGGCUCAGCAUAAACAGUUGAGGUAUGUUGUCAUGUCACUGCUGUGAUGUCCUCUAGCUGUGACACCAGCCCUGGGUGAGUGCUCUCUGAGUUAAUGCCUGUGUCUGGGAGAGCCAAGCCCCAGGGAAGCAAGCAGCCUUGCUGGGCAGAAAGACUGGAAGACAGGAUGGAUUUUGUGCUCUGUGGUCUUGCCUUGUCCUUUUUCCUUUGUCUCCAGUGUGAGGAAUGUCUGGAACCAGCAGCUUUCCUGGCUGUGUCCCUGCCAUUCUGCUCAUCCCCCAGCUGCCUUCAGCCCAGCACAGGUAAGCACAGAGUGUUUCUCUUCGGCCAAGCCUUUGCCUUGGUGCAGUGCCUCUCACCCAGCCUGGCAGGACAGCACACUGGUCACAGCAAGCUUCAGGACCUUGAGCAGGUUUUCCCUGCUCAUCCCAAUGCAGGGAUCCUUUUACCUACCCCAAAGGCAGGCAGAACCAGCCCUGGCUGCUGAAUCCAGCCUUCUGAAAGGGACCAGAGAAAGGAAACGUGUCUUUUCAAGAGGUGUCAGCUUCACUGUGAGGGUGAGGCUGCCCAGGGUGGGUGUGGAGGCUCCUUCUCUGGAGGGUCCCCAACCCAGCUGGACACGUUCCUGUGCCCCCUGAGUGAGGGGAACCUGCUCUAACAGGGGACUGGGCUGGAGGAGCUCUGCAGGACCCUUCUCACCCCCACCAGUCAGUGCUAAGCCUGUGGGGCUCUCUGUGAGCUGGGAGAGAAACCGCGGUGUGGACACUAGAUGGAGACAGGAGGGUGAAGGAUUGACAUGGAAGCUGCAGACUUGGUCCUUGGCAGCAGUUGGAGGAGUCGGACCCAGUGAGGCCAGUCAGCAGCACACUGGGAUACCUUCCCCAAAUUCUAAGGAGCAGAUAGCUGCUGAACCCACCAGUGGGACCUCAAGGGCAGUGUUGGAGUGCUGGAGCACUUGAAAGAUGAAGCUGCUUAAAACUGAGAUUUUUAUCUGAAGAACAAGCUGACAGUGGCUUGUGUGGCCUGGGGUGGUCAGUUAACCUUCACAGCUCCUUCCAGGCUUCAAGGGAUCAGAGGGAAACUAGAGACUAUCCCAUCAGCCACAGGCUUUCCCACACUCGCCCAGGGUAUCCCUGAGGGCUUCUGGGCCAUCAGGAAGUCAGAACUGGCUCUUGCUUGUUGUUCACACCUCAUCGACAACAUUGGUUCAAAUAUAAGUGGGUAUAAAAGGUUUGCUUGGCUCCUGUACUGCAGCUCUCACAUCUGCUGCUUUAGCACUGCCCUGACCUCGGGCUCCAGCAGGGCUGUGCAGUCCAGCACGGGAGCAGAGGAUGCUCUGUUACUGCUGAAGCCAACACCAGGUGUGACUAAAGGAGAUGGGGGAAAUGCUGGGUUGUUUGCCAGCUCCAGAUUCACGCUGUCUAGUGUCAUUGGUGCUUGGCUCAGGUGAGAGCUGGUUGAUCCAGAGACCUGAGUCACAGGGAAGGCUCCUGCCUGCUAUUGCUGCUUUUUUUUGUGGUUUUGUGCCUGCUCAGCACUGUGAUAAAUCACACUCUCCACCUCUGA